AGAAGAAAUCUUGUCUAGGUUCCUCCCACCUCCUCCGCCUAACAACCCCAGCUGGCUGGGCUCGGGGAGGGCUGCUGUUGGAGCUCAUUUGAAUGAGCCGACGCGGCGGCAUGUUCACUCUGGAUGGACGGGAGAGACACAGCAGCACGAGAAGGGACGGAGCAAUUAUAACAGUCGUUACAGAACCGGACCGGUAAGCAAGGGGAUACCAACUGGCACUUCUUACCAGAUCUCCUUUUAAUCUUCGCCGACACUUUACUGGGGUGUCCACCAACGGCCAUGUGUCGCUACGUGACAUAAUAAGACGCUUCUUUGUGGGUUGUUUCGCACCGGGGACAGGGACAGGUGGUGCCGCCUGUGCUGAGGCAGGGACAGAGGACAGAGGAGGAGGCUCGGACACAUAACCCCCAGUUGUCUUUGGGGGCGGGGGAUGCAUGGACAGGUGCGACAGGCGUUUGGAUCCGAACUCCGAACUCCCUUGGUAAUCUCACGGAUUUUCCUGAACACAGUGGCGAACAUCAUCACAACAACUCUCACAAGCUUCGCUUUCACUCCAGAUUCGUAAAGACUCUGCUAUUCUGUUGCCAUGGUGACAGCGGCCCCUCCCUUCCUCUUCCUCCUGCUGUGCUGGCUCCUCCAAAUAGCCUGCUCCGCAUUCCCUGAGGAACCGGGCCCCCUAAACUUCAUCCCCACAGACGUGUCAAGGCGCUAUCCGGUGUUUCUGGGCCGACCUCACCGUACGUGGCUGAGACAGGAGCCUCUCCAUAUCCAGAGGAUCCUUCAAGUCAACCGAACGUUGUACAUCGGAGCCAGGGAUGACCUUUACCGUGUGGAGCUGGACAUCGUGGCCGGAGAUGAGAUGUUCUACAGCAAGAAGAGAACAUGGGAGUCAAACAAGAACGACAUCAGGAUCUGCAGGAUGAAGGGCAAACAUGAGGAUGAAUGCCGCAAUUUCAUGAAGGUGCUUCUCAGCAGGCAUGGCGGCCUGUUUGUGUGCGGCACCAACGCCUUCAACCCGCUCUGCGCCAACUACACUGGUGACACUCUAGAGAUGGCUGGAGACCAAGUCAGUGGCAUGGCCAGAUGCCCGUACGACCCCAAACAUGCCAACGUAGCUCUCUUUGCAGGGGGCAAUCUGUUCACAGCCACAGUGACAGACUUUCUGGCCAUUGACGCGGUCAUCUACCGCAGCCUUGGGGACAGUCCAGCUCUUCGCACCAUCAAGCAUGACUCCAAGUGGUUCCGAGAGCCUUAUUUUGUCAGCGCUGUGGAGUGGGGGCCUCACAUCUACUUCUUCUUCAGAGAGAUAGCCAUGGAGUUUAACUACCUGGAGAAGGUGGUGGUGUCUCGUGUGGCACGGGUGUGCAAACGGGACCAGGGCGGAUCCCAACGAGUCCUGGAGAAGCAGUGGACUUCCUUCCUGAAGGCACGUCUCAACUGCUCAGUUCCGGGAGAUUCACACUUCUAUUUCAAUCUGCUGCACUCCACCAGUCCCGUAAUCAACAUGCACGGUCGGGACAUAAUCCUGGGGGUGUUCUCAACGCCGCCUAACAGCAUCCCGGGCUCUGCGGUGUGCGCCUUCGACAUGGAGCAGUUGGCGUCCGUGUUCGAUGGCAGGUUCAAAGAGCAGAAAUCACCGGAGUCCAUUUGGACGCCUGUCCCCGAUGAGGUCAUCCCCAAGCCCAGGCCCGGAGGUUGUGCCAUUCAGGGUUCCAGGUUCAAUUCCUCCACCUCUUUCCCUGAUGAGAUGCUGAACUUUGUCAAGACUCAUCCCUUGAUGGACGAGGCUGUGCCGUCGCUUGGGCAAAGACCGUGGAUCGUCAAGACCAUGAUCAGAGGUGCAACACUGGAUGUAGGUUUAAAAACAAGGUACCAGCUGAAUAAGAUUGUGGUGGAUUCGGAGGCCGGGCCGCAUAAGAACCGCACCGUCCUCUUCCUGGGCUCCAGCAGGGGGACCAUCCUCAAGUUCCUCAUCAUGCCCAACCAGGACAACACAGUCAGCAGCAGCAACACCUUUUUGGAGGAACUGGAGGGCUUCAACCCAGAAAAGUGUGCCGGAGACUUUCCGCAAGCCAGACAGCUUUUGUCCCUGACUCUGGACCGGGCCAGCCACACUCUCAUCCUUGCAUUCCCCUCCUGCGUGGUCCGAAUCCCAGUGGCGCGAUGUCACCUCUACUCACGCUGCAUGAAGAACUGCAUUGCCUCCAGGGACCCAUACUGUGGCUGGACCAGAGGAAGCACCUGCUCUUUCCUGCGACCAGGGACCAGACUGCCAUUUGAGCAAGAUGUCGAGCAGGGAAACGUGGCUCACUUGGGCGACUGCGAUGGAUUGCUUCAAGAGACAUUCAUCAAGGAGCCAGAUGGCCUGGUGUCGGUCAACCUCCUUGUCGUGUCUGCCGUGUCUGCUUUCGCGACAGGUGCCCUCUUCUCCGGCCUCGCCGUCUGUUGGAUCAUGAGCCACCGGCACCGCCACGCCCGAGGAGCCGGCACCAAGGGGGCCCGCCGCAAAAGCGACAAGGAGCAGAACAUGCUGGGCCAAGGCCGCAGCGGCUCGGUCAUGAGCGUAACGAGAACCAGCGGCGGUGAGCGUCGCAACUCACAAGUGGACAAUCCGUUCGUCACAGUCAAUGGGUGGCCCAAAGGAGACAUGGACCCCGGCUUGCUACCCACACCUGAGCAGACCCCGCUCCAGCAAAAGCGGCUUAUGCGUCUGCCUGACACCGACUGGGACCAGAGCCAGACCUUCCUCACAGCCGUGGGGACCCCUUGCCCAAACAACUCCGUCAUCUACCUGAGCUCCAAGUUCCUGCAGGGCGGUGGAGGAGGCGGGAUGGUCCGAAUAGAUGAGCCAGGCGAGGUUCUGCUGCCCCCGCAUGCAGAGCGGCAGCGUUACCUGAUCCUUUCCACCCAACGGGGGGAGCACGGCAGCAGCCGUCCCGCGGGCACCAUGAGGAACUCAGCGGGAGACUACAUCUACCCCGCCACACCGCAGGACUCUCCCGACCGGCGGCAGGUGGUCUCUGCCCCCACACCCUACAUGGACUAUGGGGAGUCUCGCUGGAGCCACGAGGCCCUCAACAGCUACAACGGCAACAACGGUGUGUCGUACCACCCCCAGCGCCAGGGCCUCAUCAGGCCCGAAAUGCACCCGCCUCGGGGGCUCGGACAGCUGGCCGACUUUAGCCACCUUUUGGUAAAGAACAUGGGAGAGAGAACCCCUAGUGGCCAGUGAGGUGAAGUGCUCUCCAACAGUGAACUGGAAUAAACCAAUGCAUCCAUUUAGACAGUCCUGCUUACCCCGAAUGUCCUCUCUCACCGUCAUUCAAUGUCCUGACGUCAUUCAGAGAGAGACGAGAAGCAAGGGGCGGUUCAGAAAAAAAAAAUGUGCCCACUCCUGUCCUGUUUGGUGCACCCCCCCUGGCUUUAGUGGUGCAAUCCACAGAGCACAGUGCAGACAGCAAAGGUGAAGACAAUGACAGCGUGAAGACAAUGAAAGACUAUUUCACUUGGCCAAAGUGAGGCCUCCUUCACCACACUGACUUUGGACAUCUUGGAUUUACUUCAAGUGGACAAUUUACUUCUGAUUUUUGUGCUUUCCUUGCCUCCUCACUCCCUUUUUGGCUAAUUGUUGUAGCUGUUCCAGAGAGCAGUGCAUCAUGGGGUAAAUGUGUGUGUGUGUGUGUGUGUGUGUGUGUGUGUGUGUGUGUGUGUGUGUGUGUGUGUGUGUGUGUGUGAGAAUGGCCUUAACAACCCUAACAAGUGUCCUGUCUUAACUGUGAAGUGUCCCUAUAUCAUGAAGUUUCCUUAAAAGGAAGGACUUAGGGAUGGGCAUUAGGCCACAUCUCAACAAAGAGGAAAAUUAAUAUUAAAUCGACUAAAUUUUUUUCAUGGACUUGGCGAAUUUCUCAGACUCUUCUGAACUCCUGUUUCCAUGCGAGUGUACUGGGCAAAUUAGUCCUGAGGUCGCAUCCUUAGACCGUUGAGACUGAAUUUAACAGCACCUGUGCUGGUCGCAGCCAAGUAGUGUACUCCGUUUUGACAAUAGCUACAAGACGCAAUCAGCAACAGGCAGCGCCCAAGCCCACCCAAUGAAGAAAGUAGGACACAUUAACCGCAACUUUGCAGCAUCAGAGCCGUAACAGCAGUAUUUGUCCGUGCAUUCCACACAGCGAAGCAGGGCCCUGCUGUAACUGUGUGAAAAAGCAACAACGAAUCCAGCUACCGGAUAAUUAGAUGCGUAACGACGUUUAGCGCCAGCUCGUGGCGUGUAUAAAACACUUUGCGCUUUCAACGCAACAGGGCGGGAGAAGUGAGUCAAGCUACGCUCCUUUUUCACACAGGUGCUGAGGCGCCUCUGUUUCGGUUCUGAUACUACCUCGGAAGCCGGGAAAUUGCCGGUUUGACUGUAAUCCCUCCCAGUUCGUCACAGUGUUGUUCACACAGAGAGGAACACUGUGGCAAAAAAUAAGCAGUGAAUGUACCGUAUUUUAAGGACCGCGUGAAAGGGAUUAUUGUGUUCGCUGUUUAUGAGAAGUUCAAAGAAAUUCAUCACGCAUGUUUAAAGUGUGAGCUUUACAUGGCCGACCGGUGGACGUGAGAAAAACAGAGCAAUAAUGAACAAGAAUAAAACGGGGAAUAAAGACAACUUUAUUUUCCCAUUUCACUGUUUUAUCAACAAGCUGACGCUGAAGGAACAAAGCCCCUCUUUCCCCUCCAUCCUUUCCUUGUCUGGUCUGACCCUAAAUGCCUCGACGUCCACCCUAUAGGAGGAAACGUGAGCCGUGCUGGUCCGAGCUCCAUGCAGGCCACUUGUUGACAACACUGAGCCUCUUUGUGCGGCUAACAAAUAGCAGCUAAGAGUCAGGGAGACAAGCCUCGCUGAAUGUCAAUGAGGAGGACAGCAGCUCCAUCCAUCACGGCUGAUAAGACCUCACCCGGCCCGGCCGGCGUAUGCUUCAUCCACUCUGGUGAUUCACUGGUUUGCCAACGCAGGAGGUCGCUGCUAAGUGUGUCACCCCGUGUGGCUUUAGCACUCAUACUGUCCUCUCCCCACAACAAUGGGGGCUUUUUUGCUGCUCCCUGAUGUUUUGUUUGCAUCCACACAUAGCUUCAGUUCAUUUGGGUCACGAUGUUAUGUGACUUUCUUUGUUGGUGUGCGCAGGAAGCAGCGUAACUCGUCCCAUUUUCUUCACUAUUCAAUGCUGUGCAACACAAAGCCCUGCUAUCUGAUAUCAGAUCUAUUAUUAAUUAUUAUCGAGGCGUGACUUCCUUCUUUGCCAAAUGCUUCCCCCGGCAACAAGCGAGAGAUUCUCUUCUGACUGUAAAAAAGUUUGUUGUGUCAAAAAAGGGUCCUAAAAUUCAAAAUAAAAACCAACCAACUGACUGACUUCAGACACCUUCUUGUAACAUAAGCAAGGGAGAUGGUGCCCCUAGUGGUCACUUGGGUAAAUUAAUAGCAUUAAAACAAUCUUUGAAACACAGAAAAAUGAAAUUUCAUAUUUUUUGUGACAAAAAUUGAAGAAAACUUAUUUUAUAAUAUAAUAAUUUAAGAAGAAUAAUAUAAUUUCAUUCAUACAAAACACAUUCAUAGGCCAACUUUUGCAAGCAAUAACAUGGAACAAAGAAAAGCAAAAUAGAUGUUUUUGUUGAAUAUAUUUGUGAAAUAAUAAAAAUACAAUAAAUUAUUUAAUUUUUUUUAAAAUAUUUUUUUAAAGUACAGCCAAAAAUGAUAUUUUAUCUAUACUUUUCAUUCCCAAAAUACACAUAAGAGCCAUACAACGAUAGGCAAGAAUGGCACAUGAUUUUUUUUUUUAUAUUAAACUCUAUUAAAACAAAUCUCUCAAAAUUGCCACAAAUUAAAUAUAUUAUGUAUGUUCUGGUUUUAUUUUAGCCUCUUGUGAUACACCCGUGUAUUUGGUUAUUUAUUUUAAAAUAAAUGCUAUUUUUCUCACGUACAAAGAUGUCUCAAAGUUCAGCAGCCAUAGCCGGCGGUGCUGUCUGAGUUUCAUGAAAGCAAGGACAGAGAAGGAGGAGGUCAGGCUUUGCGAGAAUGUUUAAGUCGCCACAUUAGUGUUCUCGGCCCCGAAACAGGUCAUUAGCAUUGAGCUCUCUGCGUCUCAUGCCAGCGUGGCCUGAGUGUGAAUGAGGCGUGCUCAGCCAGCCGUGUCCUGGCACCACAUCGCCACUAAAACAUGCUCAAUUAGCUCAAAGUACAUCAUGGCGAGGCCCUCUAAUGGCCUGAUGAGCCUCUGAGACGAUCACUAGAGACACGUCAACCCCCCACCGAGACACCAGGCGGGCACGAGUGACAAAACACACACACUUGUUAUAUAUAGAAGCCCUUUAACCAAAUUCAGGAUGCCAUUAAAUUAAGAUGACACAAAGAGACAAACAGGUCAGCAGUGGCUGACUCAAGGAAAGGUUCUGCUGCUGCACUUUAAGAUGCACAAUAGGUACACAAAAGAAUUCUGCCUUUACAAAGAUAAUGUUACAUUUUCAGUUCUGUUUGUUUGUUUGAUGGCAGGAUUACUCAAAAAAACAACUCAGCUGAUUUUUUGAGGGCGAAGGGAAAAAUACAAAAUCUUUGUCCAGAUUCAUAAUACUCAGAAUUUCUCAGCAAUAAUGCAUACAUUUUAAUACAUAGCAAAUCACGCUUGCAUACAUUACAGGAGGUGUGUAUCUUAGGAAUUAGGUUCGUUCUACAAGCUAAUUUCAUUCAAUUAAAUCCAUCAUGUUAAUGUUUGUGUUUCAUUUGUGUUUAUAGCAAUGUAGAGCUGUGUGUCAUAUUAUGACAGCUGUUUCUCAUGUUUAGAUUACAUCAGAGGAACAAAAUAUUACACAAAAUAUUACAAACCGCUCCCAGCAUGAAAAUUAUAUUUAAUUAUAUAUAAAAACCUAAAAGAAUAUUUCAAUUUGUUAAAAAAAAUAUUUUGAAUUAUAUUUUUCUAUUCUUUGUUUUAGGUUAUUUACAUUUUAGACGUCAAAGUUACUUACAACUUAAAUUGUAGUCUUAUGUACUUUAAAUGUGUUUUAAAAAAAAAAAAUACAAAAAAAAACAAUUCGUAUUUCCCCCCUUCUUCCUGUUUGUCCUCGUUCCGCUGUAACCACCUGAAAAAUUCAUCAAAACAUUUUUUAUUUUUAAAAAAUACAAUUCAUUUUUUAAAUCUAUUUUCUUUUCUAUUUUUUCAAGGAAGUCUAUUUAGAAAACCGAUCAUCGUUUCAUUUUUCACAUUUCAUGUAGUUAGAAAAAACAUCAUACUUCCUCUUCCCCCACCCACUUCCUGUUUAAUAUUAUUCCCCUGCCGCCACCUGUAUUGCACACCCACAAUAAGUCCACUCUUAUCCAAUCAUUUGUCGAUAAAACUGUACAUCCCAAACAUUCACCACAAAAUAAAGCAUUUUCAUUCACCUCUCUGACAAAAUGUCAGGCGUGUUCAUAGCCUUUUGUGUGCUAAAUUGCUUUGCUUGUAUUGCAUUGUGCACAUACAAGAAUGUUCUUCUUGUGUGUCGCCCGUGCGAUGUCCUUCGAAAAAAAACAAACAUUGUGGUCUUGACCCACCGUGUCUUGUCUGCGUUGUCAUCGUGUGCUAGUGUGUGUGUGCAGCGUGUUGGGGUUGUUUUCGCCGUGUGCGUGGCCAUUUCGGCAUCGCGGCGCUUGCCAGUAUGCGUGUUCUCUGCCCCAGCAUCCAAAAAAAAGGGUUAGUCUACAGGAGAGGCGUUAAAGCACAUGAGCGAGGUGAGAUUGAAAUUGGCAUUUUUUUCAUGUGAAGUUGUAUUUAGUCAGCAAUGGUCCCCUUUUUUGUCAUGUUUGCUUUUCUAUGGUUUGUGAACUGUUGUGAUAUUUUGUUAUUAUUAUGGUCGACAAUGAAGGUGAAGACUAUCAUGUUACGCUGUGACAGCACUGAUGGAUGAACUCCCACAGACUGAGCAUCAAAGACGGACUCCUCCAAAAAGAGGUUGGUGUCCUGCUACUGUGAAAGGUGGUGACCGCCGUGACCUUUACAGUCACAUGACAAUGACAUGUACAUAACCUUGAUUCUUUUGUGUAACUUAUGUGCAGUAGCUGCAUGACCACACGACCUGUUUGUGUGGGUGUGCGUGUGCGUGUGUGUGUGUGUGUGUGUGUGUGUACAGAUGUAGCCACAUGUGAAUUUGUACACUGCGUACAAAUUGUACAGUACAUGUAAGUGCGUGCUUGUGUUCGCAAAAGCCACACGUGCAUGCACCAUCCACCACAAUUGCACCGUGCACGCUUACACUUCACUUAAUGACAUUACACUACAGUAUAGUACACGACACUACAUUACAUCACUUCACACAUACUACAUUACAUGACAUUAUAUUACAUUACAAUACAUUACACUAAACUACAGUACAAUACAUCCAUCCAUCUUCUAUCGCUUAUCCAAGGUCGAGUCGCGGGGGCAGCAGCCUAAGCAGGGAAGCCCAGACUUCCCUCUCCCCAGCCACUUCGUCCAGCCCCUCCCGGCGCAUCCUGAGGCGUUCCCAGGCUAGUUGAGAGACGUAGUCUCUCCAACGUGUCCUGAGUCUUCCCCGAGGCCUCCUACAGGUCGGACGUGCCCUGAACACCUCCCCAGGGAGGCGUCCGGGAGGCAUCCUGACCAGAUGCCCAAGCCACCUCAUCUGGCUCCUCUCAAUGUGGAGGAGUAGCGGUUCUACUCCGAGUUUCCCCCGGAUGACAGUGCUUCUCACCUUAUCUCUAAGGUAUAGCCCAGCCACCCUACGAAGAAAACUCAUUUCGGCCGCUCGUACUGGCGAUCUUGUCCUUUCGGUCACUAACCAAAGCUCAUGACCAUAGGUGAGGGUAGGAACGUAGAGUGACCAGUAAACUGAGAGCUUUCCCUUUCACCUAAGCUCCCUCUUCACCACAACGGACCGAUGCAGAGUCUGCAGAGGCCACACCAAUCCACCCAUCGAUCUCGCCUUCAAGCACAAUACUUUACAUUACAUUACACUACAUUACAUUACAACACUUCACAUUACAUUACACUACACUACACUACAUUACAUUACUUGAAACUACAUCAAAUUACAGUACACUGCAUUACAUAACACUGCAUCACAUCACUUCGCAGUACACUACAUUGCAUUGCAUUAAAUAACACUACAUUACGUCAUACUGCGCCACGUGACGUUAAUUACACUAUUUGACAUGUCACUACACUAGGCUACAUUACACUUUACUACACUACAGCGUUACACUAUACAGUAGUACUACAGUAUGCCACACUACACUACGGUCACACACAUUUUGUGUACCAUUGUCCACAUUGUUGCGAGCUCUGCCAGCCACCACUCCGCAUGGAGACCUUGCUGUGUCACUUUUUUUUAUUCUAAAUAAAUCACUCAAACGUUAA